CGUAAAACCUCCACACACACACUCACACACACGCACACACACACACACGCGCGCUGCCUCCACUUCAUCCGCACACUCCCACCGAGCUGCCCGAGCAGCCACCGCCGCUCCUAAAGCCUCUCCAUCCCGCGCGCGCCCGUGACGCUCCCCCCCCCCCCCCCGGAGCUCCGAACCGGGGCUGGAAAGAAAAGAAGAAGAAGAAGAAGAAGAAGUUGUUUUUCACUGAAGAGCGGAGAAAAGAGGGGGAACCACCCGGAGGAACAUGUCUUCUCAGUCGACGGAGGCUCUGGAUCUGUCCGAGGAGCAGACCAAGGUGCUGGAGGACAGCUUCAAGAGGACCACCCGGCACCCGGAGGGCAUGACGCUCAUGCUGAUCGCCGCGGAGAGCGGGCUGUCGGAGGAGGACACGCAGAAAUGGUUCAACCUACGCAACCAACAGUGGAGGAGGGAGGAGGGCCUUCCGGCUGAACUGGGAUCAGUGUUGGACUGAGACGCUCUGUGCUGGCCCGUGGACCACCACCAACACCAUCACACACCACCACCAUCACACACCCUUCCCCCUCUCCACGUGUCAUCCUCCCUCUCUUUUGUAUCUCUGAAGCUAUUUUACUUUGCUGUAAAGGAAUGUGAAGGCGUUUGUGUGUCGUUGCCCAAUAUAACCGCCAUGUCUACAGAAAAUAAACAUGUUGUUAUUAUAAGUUAAA